UGCCUGACUACCUGAGACAUGCAUUUGCUCGCUUUUACCGUCACCUUGGUACUUUUACCGGCAGUGUUUUGCGUCGACUGUUCGAGUCAUCCAGACGGAAUCUAUGACGCAGGAUGUAGGGAAUUCAUACACUGUCGAAACCACGUCGCCUACGUCGUAAGCUGUAAUGCCACUCAGGUGUACAACAGCAACACCGGCAACUGUGACCAUCCACACAAUGUUCCUCCACCAUGCGGUGUCUCCAGGAACUGCACGUUGCUACAUGACGGCGCAUACGCCGACCAAACCGAACAUUGUAGGUCGUAUUUCACCUGUCACGGCGGAACGUUCUUUGGACACAAUUUCUGUACACCAGGUACAGUUUUUAAUGAAAUACUUCAAACGUGUGACUGGCCGAAUGACGUGCCACCGCCAUGUGGUACAAAACACUAGAAUCAACAACAACAUGCAUCUACACAAUUCUCACAAGAUUAGAUUAUUUACAUUACGCACUGCCACAUUAUAUCAUGGAUUAUUUCAAUAAAC